AUGGCUUCCCUAUUGCAGGAUCCGCUCUAUGAAGCCCAGCACCAAGCUCCUUCCCCAAGGAAAGACCUGGUAAACAUUGUUGUCACACAGAAAGAGGUCUCCAUAACAAGCUGGACUGUUUCACUUCGUGCUGAUUACUGGGACAAGUUUCCACGCACAAUUAGAAAAACACAUAGUGAGUUUUUGAGUAAGGAAGCAUUCGCCCUGCAUGGCAAAAUAAGAACAACAUUUGGCAAUGACACUCUGGAAUAUAUAAUGAACAUUUGUAGAGGACAUAUUGACUUCCUAGUUCGAUUGCCUGAUAAGCUCAAGAUCCAUAUCCUGUCUUUUCUUGCUGAAGAUGACAUCCAGAGAGUGGCAGACACAUGUAAGACGUUCUAUACGCUGUGUAAUAGUGACAAGUUUUGGGAAGAAAUAAAAUCUAAACAAGAAAACCGUAAAACUGCUUAUUCUGCACGUUCUGCAGCUUCUUCAAGGGCAAAAAGUUAUGAUCGAACACACUUCCCAGUUUGGAUGAUAAGAAGGAAGACUACUUGGUUUUAA